GUAUUUCGUAUCCUAGUGCAUCACUCAUUGACAGCUACGUGUUCCUAAGGCUAAAGUCGCCAACCACUUCUACCAUCGGUUUUAAUCGUGUGAAUUAAAUAUCCAACACGAUGAACAGUAGACUGUGCUUUACGCUGCUUUGUAUAUAUGCAUGUGUACAUGGACAUUUUCCAUCAACCAAAGCAGUUCAACAGCAACAGUCAGAAGAUUUCGGACCUAUACCAAUAUUCGGCAAACUCGAUCACGUCAAGCAUGAACCUGUACCACCAGAAAGACAUGGCGACAGAGCGGAAAUGACGUUGCCGCCCGGAUUAUGGGUUGCGAUGUCGAAAGUAGAAACGGACGGAGCCAUUGGUUUGUUUACUGGCAGCUAUAUCCCCAGCCGGACACUCUUUGGGCCGCUAGAUGGCGUCGUGGUUCCAGAUGAAAUAGUUGACCAUUUGAAUCAGUACUUUGUUUGGAAGGUGCGAGUGAACGCCACGUCGCAACACUACGUGGACAUCGACUCGCAGACGACAGCGAGCUGGCUGCGAUACCCGGCGUUCUCCCUGGAACCUCACCAACACAACCUCGUCCAGGUCGUCAUCGACGGACUGAUGUACUUCUACACACCCAGGGCCGUUCAGGCCGGAUCAGAGCUGACCGUUGCCAUUGACGACGAGCAUAUGAAGCGACUGGGCCUGAACACCACCACGUGGUGUCUGAAUCCGCUCUUGGAUGAGUCGAGGUGGCCUUUCUUUUACUCGUGUCCGCGAGGCAGCUGUUCCCACGUUCUAGGGAGAUGUGACAAGUCUUCGGACUGGAGUGUUAAGACCGCCUGUCCAGGUUGUUACGGCUUUGAGACCGAAGACUGUCCAUUCUGGGGCGACCUCCACGUAUGGCCAGAUACACAGGUUUCCGCUGACGGGUACACCACGGACCGCGACCUGAAGACGAUACCGCCGGGCAUCUCCGUCAGGAACUCAACGAUAAAAGGCGCGGGGCUCGGAGCGUUUGCAGAGCAGUACUUCCCCAGUAGAACCCGGUUCGGUCCCUAUGGCGGGUUUCUCAUCAAUGACAUAUACAACAAACAGCGAAAUUCCAUCUAUACAUGGUUGAUAUUUAGAGAUGGAACAACUUACCAAAAACUUGAUGCCAUAGAACAUUCUACAUCGAACUGGCUCCGAUACGUGAACUCUGCUUGUACAAAACAAGACCAGAACUUAAUAUCUCUACAGUGUGGUGACAAGGUGUUCUACUACUCGCUCCGCCCCAUCUACCCCGGUGAGGAGCUGUUUAACUGGUACGGUGGGCAGUACGACGAUUACCUCGGUAUCACUGCUUGUGAGAGGACGAUGAACCCCAGAUAUAACGAACCUAACUGGCCGUUUUUCUACAGCUGCCCAGUGGGGAAUUGUAUAAAUCGUAGAAGUCCUGUUCCACGAACGAAAUACAGCGCUCGCCUCUAGUACCACGAGGAGGUUCAUUGCUCACCAGCAGUUGGUGUCACCAGAUACAGUGCUCGCCUUUGGUGGUACAACAUGUUGAGAUAUCAGUUAGAGGAGUAGACAGUUCAGGAGUGAUAUGGGUUUCCCUUCUGAAGCAGGUGUUAUGGACAUCAUCAACAACAUGUGCAAGGAGGCAUGGCGACCACUUUAUAUUAAAUAAAUACUUUU